GCAAACGUAGGAAAUAGUGGGUAGCAAGUGAUGCCUCGCCAUUACUUCUUAGAAACUUCUUGAAAUUAUCCAAAAGUGAAAGAAAAGAAAUGAAAGAAACUUCACAACUUUUUCGUCCCCCCUUCAGUGCAGUCAAUGACUCAAUCCAGCUUGGCAAUGUCGAAUCUUCAUCUCAAUUCAUAUAUCUUACAAAAUGACCAUUUAUUUUGUCAAUCUUCCAUCUUCUCAGACAAGACCUGCUGCAAUACACAAGCAUCUUCAUCCCCGAUUCCAAUUGCUGACCGUUUCUACGUUUUCAAGAUAUAUAAAGCAACCCAUACUCUUCAUUCUUAACAUCAGCUGCAUGCAAACCGUUCUCUCGUCUUCGCUUCCUCUACAUUGUUGAAUACUUGAGAUUUCGUUUUUUGUUUCUUGUUAGGAGUGUCUGUGACCAUGCCUUUCAUCCAACUUAACUACCGCUUGUUUUGUUUUGUCCGUGAUCUUUUAUUUGAUUCAAUUCCCAGCUGGAUAAGUAGCACCCAAAGUCAUUUGACAAGAUUUGGGUCCUCUCUCCAAUGCCAAGAUUCCCAAGUACUCGAUGUCGGCAAAUCAAAGGUUUGGGCUGAGAAGAAGAAUUCAGAUUUUAAUCUGAGUCAGCAGCACACUUGCUUAAGCGAAAAGAAAGAUGAUAGCAGCUUGAGCAGAGGGGAUGCGGCAAUGGUCAUGCAAAGAUUGGGAAUUGUGUGCAGCCCAGAAGGCGAUAAACUUCAGGAGCGGCUCAGUUCUAAUGAACUUUCAGGGCUUUUUGAGGAGAAGGAACCAAGUUUGGAGGAGGUGAAGGAAGCUUUUAAUGUUUUUGACGAGAACAGGGAUGGGUUCAUUGAUGGGAGGGAGCUGCAGAGAGUUCUCUGUAUUUUGGGUUUGAAGGAAGGAGAGGAUUUGGCCAACUGCAACAAAAUGAUCAGUGCAUUGGAUGAAAACGGUGAUGGAAGAAUAGAUUUCCACGAAUUUAUAAAAUUCAUGGAGAAUAUUGAAUGAAAAAUUCUAUUCAUUAUCACUAUGCACCAAUUAUUAUUAUUAUUAUUAUUAUUAUUUACUAAAUGUGUGAUUUGUGGGGAAAAAAAUUAAGAAAAAAUAGAAAAAGUAUAUUGUAUGGU